CUGUUGAUCAGUAACUCUAAUUUUCUAAGUUGAUUGAAUAUGUUUUUCUUUCUAGUUAAUUGUAAGUUAACUAAUUACAAUUGGAUUAAAUCUCUGCCUUGUUAAUCUUAUGUGAAUAAUUAAUUGUCUUUAUAAAAAAUUCUAUCCAAAGAGAGAGAGAGAGAAGGAGAGAGAAAAAGAACAAAAUUUUUCUUCUCUUCUUUUUUUCCUCCAUCUUUUGUGUUGGUGUUUUCUCUUUUUUUUCAUAUUCUGUGAAUUCUAUUCUCUUUUUUAUACCUUUUCUUUUUCUCCUCUACAAUUUGUAAUCUAUAAUUAACAUUACAUACAAUAUAUUCUUAUUGCUGGUGUGGUUUUCUCUUCAUUUUUGAUAAUUUAUUGUCUUCUCCAAGGAACCGGUAACAUUUAAACGAACAAAAAAAAAGAAUAGAAUAUUUGACUUGAAGAUGGUUCAGGCCAGCGUAUCAACGCCUGGUCUUAUCAAACAUGAUAAGAAACACCGAUUGAAACAAAGAUUUGAAGUUAAACACAAAUUGGGCCAAGGAACUUAUGGUAAAGUUCAAUUGGCCAUAAAUAAAGAGACUGGACAAGAGGUUGCAAUUAAGACAAUUAAAAAGUCAAAGAUUCAAAGUGAACAAGAUCUGGUACGAAUACGUCGAGAAAUUCAAAUAAUGUCAUCAAUACAACAUCCACAUAUCAUCCAUAUUUAUGAAGUUUUUGAAAAUAAGGAGAAAAUCGUCCUGGUCAUGCAAUAUGCCAGUGGAGGUGAACUUUAUGAAUACGUUUCAGACCGGAAAGUGCUUUCAGAUAAUGAGGCAAGACGAUUAUUUAGACAAAUAGCAACAGCGGUUUAUUAUUGUCAUAAGAACAAGGUUUGCCAUAGAGAUCUGAAGUUGGAAAAUAUUUUAUUAGAUCAUAAUGGAAAUGCAAAGAUCGCUGAUUUUGGUCUUUCAAAUGUUUUCGAUGAGAAACAUUUUCUUAAUACAUUCUGUGGUAGUCCUUUGUAUGCAUCACCCGAAAUCGUCAAGGGAAUACCUUAUUAUGGUGCCGAAGUUGAUUGUUGGUCUCUGGGUGUUUUACUUUACACCCUCGUCUAUGGAGCGAUGCCUUUUGAUGGAAGUAAUUUCAAACGAUUGGUUAAACAAAUCUCUGAAUCAAGUUACUUUGAACCUAAACAGAAAUCAGAGGCAUCUGGAUUAAUUAGACGAUUAUUGGCCGUUGAUCCAACUAAACGAGCAACAAUCAUCGAUAUUUGUACCGAUUGGUGGGUCAAUAAAGGUUAUGAACAUUCAUUACUUCAGGUAGCUGAAGAUUUAGCUAAUCUUACACCGGUUCGUUUGGAUGUACUAUUGGCUUUGGCUCCGAUUUCACCUCCAGUUGAAAGUGGUAAUGGUCAAAAUCCAUUAUCAGGUCAAGAAGGUGAUCUAUCCGUUGUUAGUAGCGGUGGUAAACCUAAGCGAGUUAAGAGUAAAUCUUCCCGUUCAGAUGAAAAUCUUUAUCCGUCAUCAACUGCGGCCAUAGAUUAUCAAGCUGAUACUUCUGAGCUUUCCAAUGAUAUUCCAACUUAUCCUGAAGAAGAGGAAGAAGAGCUUAUUGAUGCAAGUGAAAAUGUCGACGAUGGCGAUGAAUUUUUACCUUCAGCAGUGGCCGCUGCUCUACAAGAUGAAUGUCAAGAGAGUGUUAAACAACAACAACCAUUACAAGAUAAUAUGGUUACUGGUGCUCAAGAUUUAUCGAUGGAUUUACCAGAGGAAAAUAGCUCAGAACCUGGUAAAUCAAGUAAAAGAAUUGCUGGUUCAUCGAUUGAUUCUAAUAGUGUAAGUCGAGUUUCAAGUCAUGUGAUGAAACAUAAAAAGCCAAAAAAAGGUUCUGAAGAUGCGAUUGUUACUCAAUCUGAAGAUCAUCAAGUGACCUCUUCGGGUUAUAUAAGUGAUGGUACCUCAGUGACCGGAGGUACUUUUCCACCGAGUCAAAUUGUCACUGAUGAUUUAACUCAACCAAUUAUGUUAACAGAGGAUAAUGAAAGUGUUACUUUAAGAGGUGAAGACGAUGAUACAACGAUGCUCAAUAAAACAUCAACAGUACCUUACGAUUCCUUACCUGAUGAAAAUGUUUCCAUAUCAUCACAAAUUUCAUCUUUACCAGAAACCGGAAGAGAUUCUAGAAAUGCUAAAUUAGAAUCUGUUAGCGGAAUAACAACUUCAAAGACUCAAUCAAGUGCCUCCAUUGAAACAUUAACAGCUAAAGAUGAUGAAUCAACCCCAUCAUCUCAAAUUGAAAUGAAUUCAUCUUCAAGUACCUUAAUCGAUGAUCAGCAAAAAUUAACUCGACAAAAUUCAAUUUCAAGAUCAAGUGUAAAGAGUAAAAGUAAAAGUGCAAGUCCUAAACGUCCAACGCCUUCGAAAACUUCAUCAUCCUCUUUUACCUCUACUUCGUCCUCCUCAACGAUAAUCUCAGGUAAACAACCUCGUCCAUCAUCUUCAUCAUCACCAUCAUCAUCUACCACAGUUUCCAAUAGUAGUAGUACCAUAAACUCCUCGAAAUGCCGAAUAAAAUCAGGAGAUAAAAUUGUUAAUCGUAAAAGUGCCAAAGAAUCACCGCCUAAAGGUAUUAAGGGAAAACUUGAAGGUUCGACAACAACUUCACCAUCAACAUCAACAGUUACCACAACCGAAACAUCAUCAACACUCAAAGAAUCACCAUCAACAUCAGCACCAGGAUCGGAGGCCAGUGAAUCGGUGCCCACAACUCCCGAUGCAGAUAAAACUAAACCUUGGCUAGAAAGGCGGGCAAGUGUUGAUCGUAAAGUUGGUAAAAUAUCAUAUCCAAAGUUUCUUGAAAAUAAAUCGGCACCGGAAAAGAAACCCGUUCCAACGUAUGGUAAAAUUUCAACGGCCAAAAAGCUAUUUGAAACACGUCGAUCAAGUGUAGAUAAAGACAAGGAAAGAGUCAUUCCCAUGGUAAAAGUUUCCGAUGCUAAAAGAGCGUUUGAAAGACGAGCAUCAAUGCCAGCAAGUCAAUCGACCUUAUUGAGAAACGCUUCUGAAAGAAAGGCCAGUUUAAUUCAACAAUCAUCGCUCGAUGAAACAUCAUCAGCAAUUAACAGUGAACGUAAUCAAAAUCUAUCUAAAGAUAAAUCAUCAAGUGUGGAAAAUAAUAACAACUCUAAACCUUUAAGCUCUCGACCCAGAAAAUCACCUUCAUCUCCAAUUAAAAGUAGAUCACCAAAUAAAUCACCAGUGAAAACAAUCACAGGUAAACAAUCAACUGAUUCUAAAACUGAUCAAGUGAACAAAUCAAUCGAAUCAAAACAAUCUGAAACAAUAAAAGAUUCACAAGUUAAACCUAAAGUUAAAAGCACAAGUUCAAUAGUAAUUGAUAAUGGUACUAAAAAGAUUGGAACAAGUUCCGAAGUGAAAAAGGAAAUUAAAUCAAUCGAUAAUCAGUCAAGUGAAAUGAGGCCAAAUGAAAGUGUUUCUGAACUAAUUGAAUCUCCGUCUAUUCUGGAUAAUAAAGAGGAGCGAAAAUCUCUUGCCAAAGAUGUAAUUAAGAAGCAAAUUGCCAAAGCUAAACUACAAGAAUUAAGACAAUCAUCAAUAGAAUCACAUGAAUCUAAUUUAUCGGUUUCAUCUGAUCAACAUCAUGGAACUAAAUUAACUUGCCAAUCAGGAUCAGAAGAGAAACCAAAAUCCUACGUAAAGUCACCAAAACCAUUUAUCAAGGAGGAAAUUAAACCCACUCCGGUUCGUAGUGUGGCUGAAAUUAAAUUAUCCUCAAAACCUAAAUUGGGACUGGACAUUGAAGCGGCUCAUCGAGGUCAACAAAAGCAUCAACAGUUAAAACAUCAAGAGGAAAUUGAAGAGAUCACACCAACCAAUAUAAUUGAACCUCCAUCAACGGCAGGAACUGUUCAGAAUCAAGAAUCUAAUCCAGGAACACCAUCAACCGCAGCUACAACUGUUACUACUCAAAGUAAAGCCGCUCCGAUCACACGAAGUUAUAAAAAGGUCACUUUUACCAAGGACGGAGCUUGUAUCACGGAAACGGGGAAAAUAAUCUCAGAGGAAAGUGCUGAUGGUUCAUUUAGCCGAAUCGAGAAGAAGAGUAAAGUUACUCAUUACCCGGUGGCCUCUGGUAGCGGUGCUCCAACCACCCGAUCAGAGUCAAGUGAGGAAACUCGGACUAUUAAAAAUUUCGGCGGAAGUGUAAAGAGUAGUAGUGGUGGUGUUGGUGAUGGCGAUUCUUUUGAUGAAUCUCGAAAUGGUUCAGUUUCACCAUCGCCUGUUUUAUCUUCGACUUCUGGACUAUGUCGGUCGGAAAGUGCAUCUUCUUCUGGGUCAACUGAUAUUUUCGAUGAUAUAUUUGACACUUGGAGCGGUGAUCCAGUUUUCGGUAAUAUAAGUGGUCGAAUGAGAUCAAUGUUAUCUUCAAGUCGAUCUCCUUUUACCAGUUUAUGGGGAACAGGUCGAAAUAAGAAGGGAAAGAAAAAAUCUCGAGCCGAAAGUGCUGAAAGAAAACCAACAACGGAAACUUUAACCGGUGGAUCAAAUCGACGUCGAGUCGCAGGUCAUGGUACCGAUCAAGAGUUUAGUGACACUGAUACAGAUACUGAACCAUCGAUGGGCUUUGGAAGUACCGGUUCAGGAGGUGGACUUUGGAAAUUUCUUGGACCCACUGCUCCAUCUUCAAGUAAUCUAAUCGAUCGUCAUAGAUCAUUGUUAUCACGACACUUUGGCUCAGAUGAUUUUUUCUCUGAUGCUGAACCUUUCGGAUCGUCUUUCCGACGCUCACUUUCACGUGAUCGAGGUUCAACAUCCUUCGGUACAACUCGUAAUUCAUCGGCUGCAGGUACACCCACCAUGCGAAUGGUAGUAAAUCCACUUCGCAAUCCGAGAUCAUCAAUUAAUCGGAUGACAAGUACAACCACGAAACAAGAUAGCCUUGAUUCUAAUGAAAGCGGGGGCAGUAAUACUCAACAUGUGCCAACUCCAUUCAGUUCUCAGCCAGUUACCGGAAGACCAUAUUCUCGAACCAUAUCACGGGAAAGUCAACGGCAACGCGUAGGAGGAAUUGAUGAGAAAUCAACUGGAGGUGGUAACUCAUUUGAUCUGGAUGACGGUUCAGUUGGACCUUCAUCCCGUGGUCGAGUUGAACAAUGGUUGGAUAUGAAUCGUGAUGAUGAAGAGAUUGGCACUAAUCAUCCAAUAAGUAUGUACACAACUAUCCGUCCACGUUCAGCUAAUCGUUAUGGUAGAUCAGUUUCAUCUCGAUUUGGUUUUGACCUUGGAUCAGUUGACUCACCACGAGACACAUUUCAAGGUCCAUCAGGAGGAUCUAAUUUAUCUUUCAGUACAACACAAGAGAUACAAAUUGGAUCUCCAAGCAGCAGUAGCCGACCAGAAACACCAACACGAACCUCAACCAACACCACCACAGGUAAACCAAGAGCAGAGGUGAUUAUACCUGUUGGUCGUAGUAAUGUUUCAUCACCUUCAAUGGCCACAAGCUCACAAGGUAAACCAUUAAUCACCAUGAAAUUAUCACUUGGAGGUGGAAAUGAACCACGGGAGGUACGAACUUUUAUUUCAAGUGGCUCAGGAGGAGGAUUAGGAGGAGGAGGAUUAACUGGGUCAACAUCAACAACGGGAAUCGUAGAAACCCCAGGAACAGCUGAUUCAUUCGGUGGUGAUUGGUCAAGUUCUAUCUUAUUACCUGAAAGCUCAUCUCUUUUAGAUCAACUUCGUACCCAUGGUUAUCGUAAUUUGGUCUCACAGCGUUUAUCCGGUCUCAGUGGACCCACAGUCGAAUCCAGGUACGAUAAUCGCGACAAUAGUUGUGUUUCUUCUUCUUCUACUACUACUACUACUUCCACCACCACAACUCCAACCACAAACACCACCGUCAACCUUCCUCCUCAACAAAUGAAAAGAGGUAAGAGUUUAACGGGAGACUCUUCCUCAAUCCGGAAUCUUGAGAAUCUAAUUGUUAAGAAUGGUCAAAAUUACAUCGCAUGGUCAAAUCCUGUUAAUGGUCAAUCAAGUACAAUAAUUAAAUCAACUAAUAAUAAUCGCAUGCCCAACAAAACAAUGGAUCAGUCAAUCACCACUAACCCUGAUAGUGAUAAUAUUAUUACCGUUAAUCAUAAUGAUAAACAAUUAAAUAGUUGUAAUCGGGUUGUUAAAGUUGUCUCAAAACCUGUUGUUGUUAAUGAUGAUGAUCAAAGUGUUGGUGUUAAAAAUAGUAACAAUCAAAUCAAUUGGAUUGAUAAAAAUGAUCAAAUCAAUCAAAAUUAUGAUAAUAUUCAAUUUAUUGAUGAAGGUAAUGGUGAUGAUGGUGAUGAUAUAAAUAAUAUCAGAUUUAAAUCUACAAUUAAUUUUAAUCCAAUCAAUUGUGAGACUGGAAAAUUAAUCAAAGACAAUGAUGAAGAUAAUUUUGAAAUAAUGAAUAACAAAACUAAUAUCAAAUCAAAAUUUGAUACAAAAAAUGAUCAGAAAGAAACUACAACAAUUAACAUACCAAUUAACAUAAUUAGUAGUAGUCAAAAUAACGGUAAAAGUUGUACAAGUUAUUUUUCAUCUUCCAUCACAAAAGUAACAUCCUCUUUACCACCUAAACCUAAAUCAUUCAAUACAAAGCAUGAUCUGGAUGCUAAAUCAUUGAUUGACGAAAGCCAAUUAAAUCAUCAUCACCAUCACCCCAAACUAAAUCGUAAACAUAAUCAGGUUCACCCUUUUAACUUUGCUAAAGGUGAACCCUUAACACCAUCACCACCACCACCACCACCACCACAACCAACCACAACCAGUAAAACCUUCAACAGGGAGGGAAACCAUCAACAUCAUCAUCAUCAACAACAAGAGCAUCAACAACAACCUGAACAAAAUGAGCACCAAAACCGCAAGAAACAAUUUAACGAUAUUAAAACUUGUAAUAACAAUAAUCUGUUAUCGAAAGAUGAAAACGAUGAAACAAUUAAUAGGAAAAAUGUUAAUAAUAAUGAUGAUAAUUCCCACAGAUCGUUAAGCAAUUCAACCAACACCAACACCACCACCACCAAUGACCCACAUCACAAAGAGACUCUUGCGGAAAGGAUACUACGAAAAUCAUAUUAUUCGCGAUUUAAUCACCCACUCGAAAGGAGAGCGUCUUCAGUUCGUAGACGAACCUCAAUGAUUGAAAAUGGUGAUCGAUUGAUGGACUUUUCUUUAUUCGAUAAUUUCUCUCGUCCUCAUUAUCCAUCAUCAACGCCCGUAACUCCAGCAGCCACAUCAGGAACAUCUCCUAACCAUUCAUCGCCAUUUGAUAAUCAUCAUCAUCAUCAUAAUUAUUCAUCUUCUAAUCAUCAAAUGAAACCACCAAUUUAUCUAACAAAUGAUCAGUUUAUCGAGAGAGUUCAAAUUCGAGCUCAACAGCUUAUUGAAGAAGCUCGAGAGCGACACUCACGAAUUAAUUCACAAUUAAUGUCUUCUUUCCGACCAAUUACUUUGGAUUUUAAUGGCGAUUCAAUUGGUCAUCAACAUCUUCGUAAUCAUUCAUCACCAACACCUAAUUCAUUUCAUGUUUCCUCUUCCCAUCGAUCCCGUGAACCCUCACCGAUGACUUUCCUACGUCGAACAAGUUCAUUCUCAGAUUCAGAUGAAUUCUACCUGAGUAAUAAGUUUCGUCGACCCUCAUCAUCAUCAACCACAACUACACCAACGACAUCAACAACCAACCGAUCAUCGGCUAUCGGUACAAUUUUCAAUGGAUCUACACCGACAAGUACUAGAAGCUCAGCCAAUAGCUAUAAAUCAGCUCGAACAUGUUCAACACGACUCACUAAUGGAAAUAGUCAAGAAUUAGAUGAUGACGAAGAUGAAGAUGAUUUUGAUUACAAUAAUACACUCAGGAAGAUUAACGGUGAAAAAGACGAUAAUCUUGGCGAUGAUUUAACUUCCCGUGCCCAAGUUGUUUCGGAGGCCUUACAAAAACUCAAAGAACGUGCCUUACGAGAAGAUUAAUUAAUUUCUCUCUCUCUCUCUCUCUCUCUCUCUCUCUCACUCCCAAAUCUUUUCAUUUGUGAUACAAUUUUACGCUUUACAUAUUAAUUAAUUUAAAAUCCAAUUACAAUCAAGAAGGAAACGAGAAAACGUCCGCUGAACCAGUCAAAGGAAAACAAUUAAUGCAAUCAACAAAUUACUCAACUUAUAUAUCUCAACAGUAUAAUUCAACAAAAAGAACAAUUAACUAAAUUAUGAUUAAUGAAAAAGGUUUUCUUGUUUAAAACAAGAAUCAAAUCAAAUUUAAAUGAUUAAUUGAUAUUUUAUGAUGUGAAUCUGAUUACGAGAAAAUCAUAACAAUAAGUUAAUUGUUUAUCUUACAUAAGAAAAUGAACAAACUAUGUAUUAAUUUCUAGUCUAUUGUUGAAAAUCAAUUGAAAUCA